GCUGGUAGUUGUGACAACACAUGAGGCGGCCGGGUGUUGUUGUUGUUACACUGUGUGAGUGAAGUGUAGUUGUUAAUGUGAGGAUGGUGAGGUGCUGACACUAGUGAUAUUUCAUCAUUGUAUAAGUUACCUCUUGACAACAAAGAUGAAGGAUCAGUACCGUGAGACUGAUGUUGUUCGUAACAUCUUGGACAUUCAGUUUGGCGUCCUGUCAGCACAAGACAUGCAACAGUUGAGUCAUGCACAUAUUGUGUCUUCUGAGCUAUACAACUCGGCAGCAGGAGGAUCACGGCAGCCAGCCAGUCAUGGAGUCCUUGACCGUCGCAUGGGUACCAGUCAAAAAGACUUGACAUGUGAAACCUGCGCCAAGAAUCUGACUGAUUGUAUUGGUCAUUAUGGCUACUUGGAUCUUGCCAGACCAGUCUAUCAUGUGGGCUACUUCAAAAACACUAUACAUAUUCUCCAAAACAUUUGCAAAACCUGUGCACAUGUUUUACUGAAGCCUAAAGACAAAGGUAGCUUGUGUGAACAGGCAAAAAGAAUUAACUCUUAUCUGCAGAAGAAGGCACUCUACAAGCGUAUUAAUGAACUUUGCAAGAAGAUAUCUCUGUGUGCUUACUGUGGUGCUCAGAAUGGAACAGUGAAGAAGCUUCCUCCACUGAAGAUUGUUCAUGAAAGAUUCAAGACUGUCAAGAAAGGGGAUCCCAUUCUCACCAAUUAUUUCUCUCAGUUUGACACAGCGCUGGAGUACAAUAAAGAACUGGAGGCUCAACUUUCAUCCAAUGUUGUUGAAUUUCUCAACCCUAGUCAAGUUCUGGACCUCUUCGAAAGGAUUCCACUUGCUGACCUACCUUUGCUGUGCAUGGAUCAGCAGUUUUCACAUCCCAAGGAUCUCAUUCUUACACGUCUUCUGGUUCCACCAAACUGCAUUCGUCCUUCUGUUAUAUCAGAACUCAAGUCUGGCACGAAUGAAGAUGAUAUCACAGUGAUGCUGACAGAGAUAAUCUUCUUGAACAACUUAAUCAACAAGCGCAGCUCAGGAAAAGUUCAGAGCAUUCAGGAUUCCUGGGAGCACCUCCAGCUUCAUGUUGCCUUCAUCAUGAAUUCUGAAAUUUCAGUACCACAUGAUAUAAGUAUGGUAUGUGAGGUGUUAUGGAUGGCUCUAAGUCUUUCAGACGGCGGCGGAUUGCAGCAGUGUUGCCGGACAGCGUCGUACGAGGGCAAUUUACUAAUCUUCAGCAGCAUUUUUAAUGCCUUGAAACUGUAUGCCAUUCUUGGCAGCACUUGUUCGUAUCGAUCUAUGCCUGUUGGUGUUCCUGUUGAGGUGGCUAAACAGCUGACAUAUCCUGAGAAGAUUACAGCACAUAACAUCAAUCUGAUGAGACAGCUGGUGAGGAAUGGUCCUGAUGUUCAUCCUGGAGCUCUCUUUGUGGAGCCCAGGUCCACCCCAGGCAUCAAGAAGUCCCUGAGAUACGUCCACAGAGAAAGAACAGCCACUGAGCUCCGUCAAGGAGAUAUCAUUGAGAGGCAUUUAAUGGAUGGAGACGUUGUGCUGUUCAACCGUCAGCCAUCUCUACACAAGAUGAGUAUCAUGUCACACAGGGCGCGGGUAUUACCAUGGAGAACAUUCAGGUUUAACGAGUGUGUGUGCACCCCAUAUAAUGCUGACUUUGACGGAGAUGAAAUGAACCUUCAUGUGCCACAGACCGAGGAAGCGCGAGCAGAGGCGCUGGUACUGAUGGGGGUAACUUCGAAUCUGGUGACCCCAAGACAUGGAGCUCUGAUCAUUGGUGCAACACAAGAUUUUCUCACGGGGUCGUAUCUUCUCACACAAAAGGAUCAAUUUUUUGACAAGGAACACACAUGUUCUCUCAUAACAUCCAUCCUGGCAGGAAAAGAGUCAGUAUAUAGUGUUGACCUGCCGCCACCAGCCAUAAUGAAGCCUCAGCAACUGUGGACAGGGAAGCAGAUCUUUAGUGUGAUAAUAAGACCCAGUAAGAAGUUUCCCGUUGAGUGUAAUCUCACGACGAAGAGAAAAGACUACACACGAGGAGAGGAACUCUGCUCUAAUGAAGCCUGGGUCAUUAUUAGAAACUCUGAGCUUCUUGCUGGUGCUUUAGAUAAGUCUCUCUUGGGCUCAGGUUCAAAGAAGAAUAUUUUCUAUGUCAUCAUGAAGGACUAUGGGAAAGAUCAUGCUGCUGAUGCUAUGUGGAGAGUAGCAAGAGUCUCCACACUCUUCCUUAUGAACAGAGGAUUCUCCAUUGGCAUUGGAGAUGUCAUGCCAGGAUCUGGAUUGCUCACUAGAAAACAAGAAUUACUUGAUGAUGGGAGGAGGUUUAUAAGAGAGCUUACUAAUAAAGCAGAGCCCAUCCAGUACAGUAAAGUAAUUGAUCAACAGAUUAAGUAUGGCGGAGAUGGGUUGGACCCGACAGAACUGGAAGGCAACACUGGACCUAUUGAUCUAGACCGUGUGCUAGACCACAUCCGUGCCAAGAACCCCUUCCCAGAGGAAGAUCCUCUCACUGGUACUGAGAUCCUCCAACUGGCAGAAAAAUACCUGGCAGAGGAUGCUUUUAAGGAGUUGUCAGAUGAGUUUAAAGAGGAACUGAAGACCUUCAUGGAGAAGUUCUCCAAGCGUGUUGAUAAGAUUCGAUCCCGCCUCUCCAAAGCUUCAGGUCGGAAAGCUCAUCCAGUAGAGCGACACAUAGAGCGCUUAACUUUUACCCAGUUGAUUCAUUUCCUUAACUCGUGUCUGGAUCGGUAUCAGGCAGCAGUAAUGGAGCCGGGAACGGCUGUUGGUGCUCUUUGUGCUCAGAGUAUUGGUGAGCCAGGUACACAGAUGACACUCAAGACCUUCCAUUUUGCUGGUGUAGCUGCCAUGAACAUCACUCUUGGUGUACCACGGUAAGUUUAAACUAUUAUU